AUGCUGGAACUUUGUCCGGACAGCCCUGUAAUGCUGGCGGCGCUCUACUGCGAGCGUGCCAAAGCGUGCAUGCGAUUGAAGGACUGGCGAGGUGUCUUGAAAGACGUUGGGCAGGCCACCUACCGAAAUCACUCGCUCGUGCAGCCUUAUCUCUAUCGAGCCCAAGCAAUGCAGGCGCUGGAGAGACAUGAAGAUGCUGUGAAGGAGUUAGAGUCGCUCAUGUCGUGGCAUCCGGUGGAAAGUGUCUACCACAAACUCGAAGAAGCGAAGUUCUUGCUGAGGAAGCACAAGCGAAAAAACUACUAUGAAGUGCUUGGAGUCCCCUCUGUGGCCUCACAGCUUGAGAUUAAGAAGGCAUACAGAGAGCGUGCUGCCGAAUGGCACCCCGACAAGAAGUCUCAUCUAGAUGAGGCUGCGAGAAAGAAUGCCGAAGAAAUGUUCAAGGUCAUUUCAGAAGCCUACGAAGUGCUCACUGACCCCGUCAAGAAGGAGCUCUACGAGAAAGGCUACGACCUAGAAGGCAUCAACGAACAGAUCGAAAUCAAGAAAAGGCGUACCAAUGGUUGCUGUGGCGGCAGGCCUGGCGGCUGCAGCUGA